UGCAAAAAAAGAUAUAAUUACCUUCAACAAGAUGAGAAUCGUGCAGCUAAAAAGAAACCGUCUUUUCAGUAUUAUUAUGUGCAGUAUAUGUGUUCUCUGUACAUUAUACCUUAUUGUCAAUUUCUUUUCUGAAAAACCUAUUGAUAAACAGAUUACAACUCUGGUAGAGGACCUUGGAAACUUUGAAUCAAAAUAUGCACCAAUUAAAAAUAGACCUGGAGAAGGAGGUAAACCUCAUAUUCUUAGGGAUGAUCAACAAAAUGAUAUUCAACAAUCAGAAUCAGAGUAUGGUAUGAACAUAGUAUGUUCCAAUGAAAUUUCAUUGGAUAGAUCAAUCCCUGAUACAAGAAUGCCAGAAUGUAAACAUUGGAAUUAUUCAGAGUUACUUCCUCGAACUAGUGUAAUCAUAGUAUUUCACAAUGAAGGCUGGUCAGUAUUAAUGAGAACUGUUCACAGUGUAAUGAACCGUACUCCUCCACAAUUUUUAGAAGAAAUUUUACUUGUAGAUGACUUUUCUGAUAAGGAUAAUUUAAAAGGAGAUUUAGAAUCCUAUAUAGAACAGUGGGGAGGCAAAGUUAAAUUAAUAAGGAAUUAUGAAAGAGAAGGUUUAAUAAGAACAAGGUCACACGGUGCACGUGAGGCUAAAGGUGAAGUCAUAGUAUUUUUGGAUGCACAUUGUGAAGUUAAUGUUAACUGGUUACCACCUCUUUUAGCUCCAAUAGCUGCUGAUAGAACUGUAAUGACAGUUCCUAUUAUUGAUGGCAUUGACCAUAAAACUUUUGAAUAUCGACCUGUUUAUCAAGAAGGACAUUUAUAUCGAGGCAUUUUCGAAUGGGGAAUGCUAUAUAAAGAAAACGAGCUUCCUGCACGAGAACAAAAAACGCGACCUUAUAACAGCAUGCCAUACAAGUCUCCUACUCAUGCUGGUGGUUUAUUUGCGAUAAAUCGUGAAUACUUUUUAUCAUUGGGUGGAUAUGACGAGGGAUUACUUGUAUGGGGUGGAGAAAACUUUGAAUUGUCGUUUAAAAUAUGGCAAUGUGGAGGAAGCAUUGUUUGGGUACCAUGUUCACAUGUUGGUCAUGUAUACAGAGGUUUUAUGCCUUAUACAUUUGGCAAAUUAGCACAAAAGAAAAAAGGACCACUGAUAACUAUAAAUUACAAGAGAGUUAUUGAAACUUGGUUUGAUGACAAAUAUAAAGAAUUCUUUUAUACAAGGGAACCACUAGCUCAACUACUUGAUCAUGGCGAUAUAACGGAACAAUUGUUGUUCAAGAAACGGAAGAAAUGUAAAAGCUUCCAGUGGUACAUGGAAAAUGUAGCUUAUGAUGUUUUUGAUAAGUUUCCCGAAUUGCCACCCAAUAUUCAUUGGGGAGAGUUACGAAAUGUAGCAACAGGAGCAUGUUUGGAUACAAUGAGUCAUUCUCCUCCUAGUUUAAUGGCUACAUCUCAUUGCCAUGGAUUUGGUAAUAAUCAGUUAAUUAGAUUAAAUGCAAAAGGUCAAUUAGGUGUAGGAGAACGAUGCAUAUCGGCUGAUAGCCAAGGAGUGAAAUUUGUAUUUUGCCGCUUAGGGACUGUAGAUGGUCCGUGGCAGUACGAUGAAAAAACUAAAAUACUUAUGCACAGAGUGCAUAAAAAAUGUAUGGCACUUCAUCCUCAAACUCAGCAGUUAUCACUAAUGCCAUGUGAUAUUAAUAAUACGUAUCAACAGUGGUCUUUCCAUCAAAUUCAUCCACAGUGGUGA